AUGAGUUUAUUACAGAAAAUAGCUGAAAUAGAGACUGAGAUGGCUAGAACUCAGAAAAAUAAAGCGACAAAUUACCAUCUUGGCCUUUUGAAGGCAAAAUUAGCUAAACUAAGGGCUCAAGUAAUUAGUGGAGCAGAUGGAAAGGGUGGAGGUAGUGGAGGAAAUGAAGGUUGGGAUGUAAGUAAGACUGGAGAGGCUAGAGUAGGUCUUAUUGGUUUUCCAUCAGUUGGGAAAUCAACUUUACUAAAUAAAUUAACAGGAACAUUCAGUGAAGUGGCAGCAUAUGAAUUUACAACAUUAACAUGUGUACCUGGAGUAUUUAAUUAUAAGGGAGCUAAGAUUCAAUUACUAGAUUUACCUGGUAUAAUUGAAGGAGCAAAAGAUGGUAAAGGACGUGGUAGACAGGUGAUUGGAGUAGGUAGAACCUGCAGCUUAAUUUUAGUAGUACUAGAUGCUUUAAAACCAUUAACACAUAAGAAAAUAAUUGAGAGAGAACUCGAAGGUUUUGGGAUUAGGUUGAAUAAGGAACCUCCUAAUAUUUCAUUUACAAGGAAAGAUAGAGGUGGAAUUACAAUCACUGCAACUACUACACUUAGAAAUAUUGACGAAGAGACAAUCAAAUCUAUAUGUUCCGAAUAUCGAAUAAAUAAUGCAACUUUCAUAAUUCGUUGUGAUGCUACAGCUGAUGAUAUUAUUGAUAUUAUAGAAGGUAAUAGAAUAUAUAUACCUUGUAUUUAUGUACUUAACAAAAUUGAUCAGAUAACAAUUGAAGAGUUAGAUAUUUUAUCACAAUGUCCACACUAUGUACCAGUGUCAGCUCAUUAUGAAUGGAAUUUGGAUGGUUUGAUUGAAAAGAUAUGGGAAUACCUUGAUCUUAUUAGAAUAUAUACAAAACCCAAAGGUCAAAUUCCUGAUUAUGCAGCUCCAGUAAUUCUUAAGCGUAAUAAAUCAUCUGUAGCAGACUUUUGCGCAAGAAUUCAUAAGCAUCUACUACCUCAGAUGAAGUAUGCCCUUGUUUGGGGUCAAUCUGUAAGACAUAACCCUCAAAAAGUAGGAAAAGACCACAUAUUGAUGGAUGAAGAUGUUGUGCAAAUAGUAAAGAAGUAA